ACUAGUCCGUUAGCUGCGUUGUUAGCUCGCAUGAUAACUCGUAUUAUUAGCGUCUGAUAAAUGCGCGUUUUAUUUUUACAAUCUUUAUGUGGGAUUAGGUAUUUAAGCAAAGUCGAAUGAAAUGUGCUACGACAAAUAAUAUGAGGGAUUAAUAUCGCCAGCGAGCUGUGUGACUGAGAUUGUUGUUACAUGAGUUCCAGAAGCUCUAAAGAGAUGGGGGACGUCUUGGCAAAUGAAGCAGACCUCCUAGUGAUGAUCAGAGAAUACCUGAAGUUCUGUGAGCUGGCGGAAACAGUGAAGGUCUUUGAGAAGGAAUGCAAGAGCAAAGGAAAACCAGUGCCAAAAACACGCAGCAGUUUAACUGAAGACUCGAAGAUAUUAACAUUACAGAAAGAUCUGCUCAGCUCGUUUGAUGAUGGAGAGAUGAAGGUCUUUUUUGAGCUGUGGACAGAAAACCUGCCCGCACUCAUUCGUGACAGCGACCCAGCCGUACAAAAACUGGAGUUCUACCUGCAUAUUCACUUCUCCGUCUAUCCACUGAAGAAUGCUAUGGGAAAACAGGAUAAAGCUGAAUUUGAUGAGCGGAUGAGUCAUUUUAAACACUUCUUGGAGACGAGAGGUGCAGCGCUAAGCCAAACUACAGAGUUCCUGCCAUUUUACGCUCUGCCUUUUGUUCCCAAUCCUGUAACACAUCCGUCAUUCAAGGAGAUCUUUCAGGACUCCUGGACUCUAGAUUUAAGAAAAAAGCUUGAAAUGGUUUUGGUAUCUACACUGAAAGCAUCAGCUACACCAAGGCUACUCAUAUUAUAUAGAGAGAGCACAAAUGGCAACAGAGAGCACAUGAAGCAGCUAGCUGAAGCAGAGAAGAAGGCCUCUGCGUACAUGAAGAAGUUCAGUAAGAUCCAGGCUGAUUAUGACAACCUUAUCAGUGUGACGGCUGAACUGGUGGACUCACUUGAGGCUACUGUCAAUGGGAAAAUGAUAUCACCUGAGUAUCUUCAGACUGUGGGUGUACGCCUCUUCAGUGGGCACAUGAGCCAGAGUGUUGCUCAGAGCAUCGAUUUUACACGGCCUGGAACAGGAUAUUACUCUAUGACUCCUUAUGAUGAUGGCUAUGCCUCGUCCAUGUUACGUGCAUCCAUUGCAGCACAGAGGAGUAAAGACGUCCCACUGCUGCCCUCACUGGACUAUGAGAAACUGAAGAGGGAUCUGAUCAGUGGAUCCGACAGAUUGAAAGCUUUGCUUCUGCAGGCCCUACGCUGGAGGCUGACCCGCUCAAUACAGGGUGAGCAGAGAGACACGGUUCUACAGGCAUUCAUCAGUAAUGACUUGUUAAACUGCUACACCACUAAACAGAAAUCUGUGGUUUACCUGAUCAAAUCAAAGAAUGAGACAGUGAGGCAGUGCACAGCUCGCCUCUUUAACACCUUUGCCUCUCUGUCUGAGGGUCGUGUGUAUCUGUCUCAGUGUUCUUCUCUGCUGAAGCUGUUAGUUGAAUGUUUGCAGUUGGAGGGGAAGGAUUCAGUGACCAGAGAGAAAGUGUUGGGGGCACUGCAGAAACUCAGUGUCAGACGGGUCCAUCAGUCUGCUCUGAUCAGAUUGGGACUGGUCACAUGGUUGGUUGACGAGCUGCAGGACGCAGACUCGCUAUCUGAUUACACAGUGGAGUGCGCUGUAACUCUGCUGAUGACUCUUUGUCUGCGUACUCAGGGAAAAAAGAAAUGUGCAGAAAAAGCCAAACCUGUACUGAAGGUUCUGACUGACUUGUUAGGACACGAAAAUCAUGAGAUCCGGUACUAUGUAAAUGGAGCUCUUUACAGUAUCUUAAGUGUCCCAACAUUAAGACAAGAGGCCAAAGAAAUGAGUUUGGAGGAAAUCCUGCGCUGUUACAUGAAAGAGGAAAAUCCUGAACUGAACACACAGAUGGAGUUCAUCAUCAAGCAGCUAAACUUAGAGGAGACACCAAAAGAUGAUCCGGAGUCAGGGGAUGAAGACGAAGAUGAAGAUGAGGAGGACAUGAUGGAGCCAGAUCUGGACAAAGAGGAAGAUCUUCAACCCCAGUCUAAAGAGCUUUCAGGAGAACAUUUACUGACUACAGAGUAUCUCGGAAUUAUGACCAACAUGGCCAAGAUGAAAAGAUCGAGUACACAUGUCUUUCAAGGCACAGAUGAGCCUCUCAGGAGACCCGUCACACCAAACUCACACAGAAACUCUGUGGCUGCCCCUGACAGGCUUGACUCCCCCUUCAACUCUCGCCCAAGUACCAGUGACUCCAUUCGCCGUACGCUAGAUUCAGUUUGGUGCUCAUCUCAGGAAUCAGUUGGCUCGGAGGUGAACACUUGUUCACGAAGUGAUGUCACCAGCAGCCUCAGUGGCCGACCAUCAAUCCCUGCCGGGGUUCUGCCGAAACUUCCCCCACUCAGCCCACAUUUCUCCUACCAAGAACCACAACAGAGCACCAGCAAACCAAACAGCGCUUCACACACAUCCCACAGUCUGCAGUCUAACAGGAAGUGAAGAGAAGUUUUGCUGAUGGACAUGCAGCUUCCUGUAACAUCAGUCCUCCGUCUUAUCAGGCCAAGAUGGACGACUGAAGAAGAAACAAAGCUUCUGUUUUUGGUCUGCUUGAUUUUUUUUUUUUUUUUUUUGGGCCAACUGAGCCGCAGUGUAACCCAGCACUACAAUAAAACCUUUAUCAUCAGCACCACAGACUCCGCCCCCUCACCUUCUCUCUGUUCACUCCUCACACUGCGGAGCUUUACACCUCAUCACA